UUGGAAAUUCGCGGCAUGACCUGUAGCAUGUGUGCGCAAGCAAUUGACGUAAAGUUGCGCAGUGUCCCUGGCGUGACGGAAGUCGCCAUCAAUCUCACGACCGAUACGGCGACGGUGGCGUUUCGGCCCCGCGAUUCCGAAACGAAGGGGAGAUUGGAAGAGCUCACGGGCGCCAUUGAAGAUGCGGGUUACGAAGUGGUUACCGCGCGACUCAUGAAUUGUGAAAACGGCAGUUCCGAACCACGGGGCAAAGCGGAACUGGUGAUUCAGGGCAUGACUUGCAGCAUGUGCGUACAAGCGAUCGAAAACGUGGUGCGACAAGAUUUACAGAACACCACCAUUGCCAUUCACCUUUCUACCGACACAGCGGUGGUGGACUGGGAUACGACCAAAUAUUCACUGGAAACAAUUCAGGAAACAAUUGAAUCGAUCGGGUACACCGUCACGAGUGCGAAUGAGCUACCAGAGAACAACUCCACGGAAAGUACAUCUAUGGAAGAAAGCUGGGAGCACUUUACGCGCCGACAGGAAGCCAAAGUCCAAGCCCAACGUCGGGCCUUUCUCUCGAGUUUGGCGGGGACCUUGCCUAUACUUCUUUUUACCAUGGUGUUUCCGCAUAUCUUGCCAUCGCAUACGUUCCUAAAUCGCCACAUCUCCAUUUGGGGAUACGAUCUGGAAUGGCAAGCUCUCAUUUUAUGGAUCCUCGCCACACCGGUUCAAUUUAUCACUGGUUGGGGCUUUUACAAACACGCAUAUUUCGGGAUUAUGUCGGGAAAGGCGGGUAUGGAUGUUCUGGUGGCGUUAGGGACGACGGCUUCGUACGGAUACGCUCUGGAAGGUUUGCUGACGGGCGACGAUGAAGCCGCACACUUUUUCGAAACGUCGGCCGUUUUGAUUUGUUUCGUCCUUGCCGGCAAAUGGAUGCAAGUGCUGGCCGUCCGGCGCACCAGCGAGGCGUUGACGGCCUUGAUGAAAUUGCAAAGCAAGACGGCCGUGAAAAUAACGCCCGGCAACAAAGUUUCCAGCGCUUCUUUCAACCCACUAUUCGAUCCAUACCACGAAGCAGUAGUUCCAAUCCAAGAGGUCCACGCAGGGGAUAUGGUCAAAAUUAUUCGCGGUGCGUCCAUUCCUGCCGACGGGAACGUUUUAUUUGGAGAAGUCUCGGUGGACGAAAGCAUGGUCACGGGCGAGUCGGUGCCAGUGCUGAAAGGCCCCGGGUCGGUGGUGUUGGGGGGUACCGUCUUCGGAGCCGCUUUCGUGGAAGUCACUGGCGUGGGGUCGUCCACCGCUUUGGCACAAAUCGUUCAACUCGUCCAAGAAGCACAAACUCGAUCCGUCCCCAUCCAAAGUUUUGCAGACCGCAUCUCGGGGAUCUUUGUUCCAACGGUGUGCACGAUUUCGCUGCUCACAUACAUGGUCUGGUACGCGCUGUGUUCUUCGAAAGUCGUUCCAGCUUCGUGGUAUGACGACCUUGGUGAGAGUAUGACCACGUUUAGCCUCAAGUUUGCCAUUGCUUGUCUCGUUAUUUCUUGCCCAUGUGCCUUAGGACUGGCGACGCCGACUGCCGUCAUGGUGGGUACCGGGGUGGGCGCCAAGUUGGGUGUUUUGAUGAAAGGAGGGGAGGCGCUUGAAGUGGCCAGCAAGGUAAAUUCGGUCGUCUUUGACAAAACGGGAACCUUGACGCAAGGAAAACCAGCGAUCACGGACUUUGUGAGACUCGACGAAGAAAAUCCAAACGAUUGGCCGGAGGAUGAUUUGCUCUGGAUGCUGGCAUCCUUGGAGCGGACAUCAGAACAUCCUCUGGCGAAUGCGGUAGUCUCGUACGCUGAAGAACAUUUGAGUGUGGAUUAUCUGGAACAACAUCCUUUUGCACAACCCUCCAAUUUUCGAGCGAUUACUGGACGGGGUGCAUCUGGAGUUGUUCAAGGCACAUCGGUAGCUGUUGGUAAUCGAUCGUUUGCCAACGUGCUGAAUAUCUCGGUACCGGCGCAAGCGGAAGCCGUCAUGAAAAGGCUCGAAGAGCAGGGCAAGACUGCCAUUCUAGCUGCGUUUAACGACCAUGCCUACGUGGUGAUGGGGAUUGCAGACGAGCUCAAGUCGGAUGCGGCUGCUUCGCUAUCCUAUCUGAAAAAUACGUUGGGCGUCGAUAUUUGGAUGGUUACCGGGGACAAUAGUCGAACGGCAAAAGCCAUUAGUCGUAAGCUCGGUUUGGCCCCGAACCGCGUCAUCUCCGAAGCCUUACCCGCCGCCAAGGUCCAAAAAGUGCGACAGCUGCAAGCCGAAGGUCGAGUGGUCGCCAUGGUAGGUGACGGGGUCAACGAUAGUCCUGCCUUGGCGCAAGCCGACGUGGGCAUGAGUGUCGGGACGGGGGCCGACAUUGCGGCGGAAGCGUCCGACAUGGUGUUGGUCAAGGCGCACGUGACGGAUGUUUGCGUCGCGCUGCACUUGAGUCGCGUCAUUUUUCGACGCAUUCAACUGAACCUGCUACUAUCCCUCGUAUACAAUUGUUUGGGUAUCCCGAUUGCGGCGGGUCUCUUCUACCCGUACGUGCGGACGCGGCUACCGCCGACCGUAGCGGCUCUGGCCAUGGCCUUAAGUUCCAUCAGUGUCGUAUUGAGCAGUUUGAGUCUCCAACUGUACCAGCCCCCG